AUUAGAAGCUCCUAAAAUGAAAGCCUCAAGUCCCACAGAAUCGGGUUUUAAUACUAGACAAGUAGACAAGAAACUUAGUAACCUAUAUAAAUGUGUUGUGGAAUGCCCCAGUGAUAUAGAUAUAG